AUGGCAGACAAGUUUGUCAUCGCCCAUGCAGGAGCUAAAAAGGCGGAAGCAAGGGCAAACGACAUUUUCGCCAUUAGACAGACGCCCGGCGAGGGGCUUAGGGACUUCCUAGCCCGAUUCAACAGGGUGAGAAAGAGCCUACCAAAUAUGUCAGAAGGGAUGGCAGUAGCAGCCUUCCAGAACGGAAAUCCACAAUGCCUAUUGCAUCGAGGUAAGGCCGACGAGGACGACCUCAACGGUCCGAUCCAGCGGCUGACGUCAGUUCAAACUGAAGCAAGGAAAGAUCGUCGCAAUGACGAUCGUAGGGAGCAGCUACCCCGUCUCAGCCGAGAAAGACAUCAGCCCUAUAUCAGGGCACCCAUCCCACCUCCUCCGCGGCACACAGAUGUCCCAACUCGACAUACCGCGCCACACCGAAACGAAAGAGUGUACGCACUGGAGAAGCUCGGUGCAAUGGCCGCAAAAGAUCGAAAAUCCGACCCGAGCACCCAAAAGUCAAAUGUUCUCUGCGAAUUCCACCAGGAAAGGGGUCAUAAAAUCGAGGAUUGCAUAGGUCUGCGGCAGGAGGUAGUAAGAAUGCUAAAUCAAGGACACCUGAAAGAACUACUGAGCGACCGGGGACGAGCUAACUUUGCUCGCGGACGCGAACAACCACAAGGACCCCCAAAACCGCCAUCUCCCGCUCGUACCAUACAAAUGAUUAUCGGUGGAGGCGACGACACAACAUUCAACCAUGUAAAGUUCACCACUACGCACAAAUUCAAACGAUCGAUCACUCAUGAACGGUAUGAUGAUCUCGAAGACAGUAUCAUCUUUGAUAAACCAGAUACCGACGGUUUGUGUUUCCCUCACUACUAUGCUCUUGUUAUCACUUUACGAAUUGCAGAUACUGAUGUAAAAAGAAUAAUGGUUGAUGACGAAAGCGGCGCGUGUAUUAUCCAUCCUCGAGUUCUCGUACAAAUGAGACUCGACGAUAAAAUAAUACUACAUUGCAUAAUACUAACGGGUUUUAAUAAUGCAAUCGAACGAACUUCUGGAGAGAUAGUGCUACCCGUCCUAGCCGGAGGAGUCACCUUGGAAAUGACGUUUCACGUCAUGGAUCAAGAUACAACCUACAACGCUAUCAUAGGGCGUCCAUGGAUACACGCCAUGCGAGCGCUCCCGUCCAGUCUCUAUCAAAUAGAUGCUAUCAAGGAUCCCGACAUCAUAGAGGCCUCCGAGUCGACCAUAGAAGACCUCGAUCCCGUCCAACUGGACAACAACGACAUCACGAAAAAGGCUUAUAUUGGGCACAACCUCUCAGAACGAGAUAUGUCGGGCAUCCCAAAAGAUAUUGCCACACACAAACUGAAUGUUGACCCCCUCUGCCCACCUCUGCAGCAAAUGAGGAGAAAGUUCAAUGCCGCAAUCAACGAUGCAGUCAGCGAAGAAGUUGAUAAGCUGCUCGCCAAUGGCUCCGUCCGAAAGUCAAAGUAUCCCCAGUGGGUCGCCAAUGUGCUCAUCGACGCAACAGCGGGACACGAGUUGCUAAGCUUCUUAGAUGCCUACUCGAGUUACAACCAUAUUUUAAUGGAAGAAGAGGACCAAGAGAAAACUACUUUUAUCACUCACCAAGGAACAUAG